UCUUCUUUAUUGCAUAUUCUAAUAGAUCGUAAAAUUACAGUAAAAACGAACAAGAUUAUUAUGAUUCGACAGAAUAUCCUCAAUCGCAAAGUGAAAUUUAUAUUUACUUUGUGCGGCAUCUGGCCAGGGAUAUCGUGCGUUUUGUUCUAUAGAAUGUUUUGGAUCAUUACAAUGACAAUUGCUAUAUCAUAUUUAGUCUCUUACUUAUUAGCGCAUAUAUAUACCGCUGAACUUAUAGACUUGAUCGACUGUCUGUGUACUAUACUAGCGCAUCUCAAAGUAAUCUCUAAGUGUUUUAUAUUUUGGUCAAACCAAAAAACAUUGAUCGAAAUUCUGGCGAUGAUGGCGGAAGAUUGGAACGAUUGCACUGAUAACGAUAUUACCAUGCGCGAGACAUCGAAGAAAGCGAAAUUAUCGGAUCGUCUUGUAAAUGCAAUCUUUAUUUUACACACAACGACGGUUUCUGCAUAUUGCAUCGGCCUUUUUCUGAGUGAUAUGGAUAUCACCGAUCAGAUGAUAGAAUUACCUUUCAUAGGCAAAUUAAAAGUUCCUUUUCACAUAAACACUCAAUGCGUGUACAGAUUAACGAUAGUUGCAAAAUCUUUGCACGUAAUUUUGUGUGGCUGGGUGGCCGGUAUGACAAACGUUCUACUAUUGACUUUCACCUUACAUGCAGCUGGUCAAAUCGAUAUUCUGUGUUAUUGGAUUACGCAAUUGACAUUCUGCGAAAAUAAAUUAACCGUCAUUACAAUGAAAAAAAUUAUUCAAAAACAUAAAAAAAUCGUCACUUUUUCAGAAAAUAUCGAGUGUCUUUAUACAUAUAUCGCAUUAGUGCAAUUUGUGUCAAACACAGUAAUGAUUUGUUCGCUUGGCUUUCUUAUUGUAACAGCAAUCGGUAGUCCCAAUGCGAUGGAGCAAAUAAUGAAAUCUCUUUUAUUUUACACCAUAACAAAUUUGGAAGCGUUUAUAUUUUGCUUUGCUGGAGAAUAUAUGAAUAAUAAGAGCAGAGAAAUUGGUGCUGCGGCAUAUAAUUCUACAUGGUACGAUUUGAACUCUAAAGACAGCCGUGUUUUGCUAUUUGUUAUGUUGAGAUCGCAAAAGCAACUGACGCUUACAGCUGGAAAGAUGAUGGAUCUUUCCUUGGAAUCCUUUAAAAAUAUUAUGAGUGCUUCAGGAUCAUAUUUAUCAAUGUUGUUGGCGAUGCAAUAAAUGUCGAUUCGUGCAAUAAUAUAUUGACUUUUCCAUAAAUCGUUGGUUAAAAUUUACAUGUAAAAUUAUAUUUAUAUCGCAUAAGAUCCACGAUAUUACACGAUACUUUGAAUUAUUAAAGGUAAACUGCGUAGGGUACAUAAGAAAUUGACAGAUACUUCAUUUUCUUCUCUUAUCAAAAUGACGUUCCACGAAAAGUUAAGAAAGCCAGAUAAUAAUUUAUGCGCUUAUUAAAUGAUGCGUUUUUUUGUUUCUCUUUAUUUCUCCUUUUCUUUUCCCCUACUUUUAAAAUUUUUCAAAGAUAGUU